AUGUUUAUUGGCAUAAUUGGGAAUGCCUUCGUUAUCUACAUACAGCGUCGUCUGGCAAACGGGCAGGAGGAUGCAAGGGCUACACCAACAAACCGCCUCACUAUCUGUUUAGCCACUGCAGAUUUGCUAACAGCAAUUUUCCUGCUGCCAUUUCCUAGGUUUGGGAACGUCCCCAACAACGCCGCAGGCAAUCUAUACUGUCAUAUUAUUGGAUCUCGGUACAUGUUAUGGGUGUCCUUCAGGGCAUCUGUCUAUACCCUUACAACAAUCGCCAUCGAACGGUUCUGGGCCGUAGUGUACCCCUUCUUCUACAAAGUCUGGGUUCAUAACAAUUACGUCAAGUAUGCUAUUGGUGCCAUAUGGAUCUGUCCUCUGAUCAUCCGACUUCCUCAGAUGACAUUCCGCGUUGUCGAUGACUGCGGCAAUUGCAUCACACAGUACCCUUCCGAACACUCUCGGGCAGUCUACGGCAGUUUGCUAUUUCUUAUCGAGUUCCUUGCGCCGUUCUGCAUCAUAACAUACACCAGCAUAAGGACAAUGUGCGAGCUUAGUCGUCAUACAUCGAUUGACGGUGGAGGAUCGAGCGGACAGCGAACAAGGAACGAGUCGACACGGCUCCAGCUUCUGAAACGCCGUCUGACCAUCAUGUUCUUCUCUAUCUGCGUCUCAUUUAUGCUCCUCUGGACUCCCGAUCAACUUGGCAUCUUGCUUUACCAUCUGAGGGUUCUCCCAAGGGACUACCCCUCUACUGCUUUCUAUCGAAUCUCUCUUCAGAUCGCUUUCCUCAACGCGGCCACGACCAAUCCCGUCAUCUACUCGCUUUGUCUUCCAAACUUUCGUCGCGCCAUCAAGGAUCUUUUGAUGUGUCGAGGAAUAGAUAGAUCCAGGGAGUCGAUCAUGGACUUGACUACUACUUCCGUAACACCAUCUUCUGCAUAA